CUGGCGGUUCUGCUGAUUUUCAGUUGAAACUUUUCUCGAGAAGCGAUUUCUUCUGCAAAACUGAUCAUGCGGUGAUGCAACGCGUUGUAUGAAGCCUUGACAAUGGAUAGCGCUGUUCCAGAGCCAACCAGCGCAGCAGCGGGACAGAAUGAGCAUGCGGAGGGGAAGAGACGCAAGAAAAAGCUGAAGCAGUCGAAAAAGAAACGCAAGCGCAGCCGAUCCACUUCCUCAGAUUCGUCCUCUUCGGAUUCGCGUCGGAAGCACAAGAAGCGCCACAAGGCCAAGAAGAAGCGCAAGGCGAGCGCACCGAGCGAAGCGAGUGAAGUCCCGCCAUUUUCAGGCACGCCGUGCAAAACAGACGCUGCGUCCCUGGCGCCCGUGGAAGAUGCAUCUGUUUCCGUGCGCCCACGCGGCCCGAUGACCAAGGAACAGUGGGAUGCGCAGCAGAGCGUCAUCCGACGGGUCUACGAUCCGGACACGGGUCGACAGAGGUUGGUGCGCGGUACAGGCGAAAUCGUCGAGGAGAUUGUCAGUCGUCAGCGCCACCUGGCCAUUAAUAAGAGCGCUACAAGAGCCGACGGAGCUGUUUUCCAAGCGAAUUUAGGACUGCACCGAUGAUUUAUUAUGCUGAUUCGUUUUGAUCUGUCCAGUGACUCAUGUACAGUUUCUCAUUUAUCCGCUGCGCGCUACUUUUCCAUGAAUAUUCGGUAAUUUUGCGAAAUGAUCCGCUGGUUUUUUACUUACUUAUUUAUUGGGCACUUUGCAUGCGAUAAACGGACAGCAGAAGCAAAAGGCCAAUAAAUAAUCAACA